AUGCCUCUGCUGUUUUUGGAGAGGUUUCCCUGGCCCAGCCUGCAGACCUACACCGCCCUGAGUGUGGCUUUGCUUGCCGGCAGCAUCUUUAGUGCCUACACCACUGUGACAGAUCCAGGCUUCGGAGUCUUGGAAGCUGAUGAAACACCAGCUGCUCCUGAUGUGGAUCUUGAACAUCUAAACAAUGAUAUUACUAACACAGAAUUAGCAACUACUGUCCUGUGGUAUCUUGUCACUGACAGUCUCUUUGUAUGGGUCUUGGUCAACACAUUCUGCUGCUCUUUGAUGUUAAUUGCUAAAAUGAUUCAGUAUAUUGUGUUUGGCCCGCUCAGAGUCAGCGAGAAGCAGCACCUGAAAGAUAAGUUCUGGAACUUCAUCUUCUACAAGUUCAUUUUCAUCUUUGGCGUAUUGAACGUGCAGACGGUGGAGGAGGUGGUCAUGUGGUGUUUGUGGUUCUCUGCGCUGGUCUUUCUCCACCUCAUGGUGCAGCUCUGCAAAGACCGAUUUGAAUAUCUGUCUUUCUCACCCUCCACUCCCAUGAACAGCCACGUACGGGUGCUUUGUCUGCUGGUCUCCCUGCUGUUGGACUGCUGUGGGCUGGCUGUGGGCUGUGGUGGUCUGAUGGGAGCUUCCCAUGGCAUGCACACCUUCAGCUUCAUGGCAGCAGAGUGUCUGCUGGUGACUGUGCGCACUGGGCAUGUCAUCAUGCGAUAUUCUAUUCAUCUGUGGGAUCUGAACCAUCCCGGGACCUGGGAGAAUAAGGGAACAUAUGUCUAUUACACAGACUUCGUCAUGGAGCUGGCGAUGCUCUUCCUGGACCUGAUGCACCACAUCCACAUGCUGCUUUUUGGAAACAUCUGGCUUUCCAUGGCAAGCUUGGUUAUCUUCAUGCAGCUGCGCUAUCUCUUCCAUGAGGUCCAGCGGCGUGUCCGCCGACACAAGAACUACCUUCGGGUCAUCAACAACAUGGAGGCCAGAUUUGCAGUUGCUACUGCAGAGGAGCUGACGGCUAAUGAUGACGAUUGUGCCAUCUGCUGGGAUACCAUGUUGACGGCACGCAAACUACCCUGUGGCCAUCUCUUCCACAACUCUUGUUUGCGCUCAUGGCUCGAGCAGGACACCUCCUGUCCAACAUGUCGGACGUCCCUGAACAUUAAUGGGGACGGGGGCCCGGCGAGAGGCCAGCAGCAGGGCGGGGGCUUGGAAGACAACAUCGGCCCAGCAGGAGCUGCUCCAGAUGCCAGACCACAUAUCAACCACCACAAUCACUUCUUCCACUUUGAUGGAUCUCGCAUUGCCAGCUGGCUGCCCAGUUUCUCAGUGGAAGUAAUGCACACCACCAAUAUCUUGGGCAUUGCUCAGGCCAACAACUCCCAGCUCAUGGCCAUGGCCCAUCAGAUCCAGGAGAUGUUCCCUCAGGUGCCCCCCUACCUGGUGAUGCAGGAUCUGCAGUUGACCCGCUCUGUGGAGGUCACCACUGACAACAUCCUGGAGGGACGCAUCCAGGUGCCUUUCCCAACACAGGCCAUAGAGCGUGCCCCUUCACAGUUGAACUCUGCGCCAGAUGAGCAGGAAGGGUCCAGUGGAGCAGCUGAGCAGGGCCUCAGUGAGGCAGACAACAUGGAGGUCAGAGGAGGUCGCUUCUCUAAGUCGGCUGAGGAGAGACAGAAGAUGUUAAAGCAGAGGAAAGAAGAGAUGAUCCAGCAGGCACGCAGGAGAUAUCUGUACAAUAGUCCAGAGGAUCCGGAUGAGGAUUUACCUGGACUGGAGGAGGACACUGUUCCAGAAUUGAACUUGACUGUGCUGAGACGUAGAACCAUGGCGGCAGCUGCAGAGAGACGCAUGCAAAACCAACAAGACCCCGCACCCUGAUACGGAUUGGUUUCAGCAGAAGAGUCUACCGCGUUAUCAUCCCAAGAGGCACAGACAGUGCUAUUUCAAACCUGCCCCAUUUAGUCAGUGGUCAUCACCUAUUCAAAACAAUAAUUAAAAAGCAUUGCAAACAUGGCCUUUGGACUGUUUUGGGCUGCCUUAAUAAGGUGGGACUAUUGCGUAUGGCCUCUGCGUCACUGAGUAUUUGGAGCGUUAUAUAAAUUGAUGGGUGCAAGUCAAGAAAUGCAAGGUUGCAUUGCCCUUUAUUCAUGUGCCACACAUUGCAACCACCAGCUUCAGUAGGGAGUCAGUUUCUGCCAUGAUUAGGACUGGCUAUCAAAAAUGAGCAUGCUUUGCAUUCAGAAGAGUCUUUGAAGAGAGGGGUUUAAAGGUGUCAUUACUAGUUAAAAGCUAUUUGGGUCUUUGUUUUUCCUUUUUACCAGACUUUGUUUUCACUUGUUUUACUAAAGGCUGACAGCUACGUAUUCUGAAUGGAGAAACUCAUCUGAUGUAUUUGUGUGUUUAUUUUAAGAGUUUCAACUGUGAAAUAACUGUAGGCAAAAUAACAUGUUUUUAUUUCUUACCCGUGGAGUAAGAGAAUGUCACUUUAGUAUUGUUCAGCCUUUCUGUCAAAUAUGAAUGUUCCUCUCAACAUAAUGCUGCAAACAAAGUGUUUUUUGACCCACAUGGGUUGUUCUGUAUUUAGUGUGUGUGUGAGAUAUCACCCAUUGCAAAGCGUUUUGUUAUUUAACACACAGUGGGCAUGUACAUCUUAGUUUUUCUAAUACUGUUCGCUUGAGGUGCAUAGGCAACACAGGGGAUGUAUUACAUUUUGUACAAGUACAAUGGGUGUCAUCCUCUGAAAAUGAUCAGUUCUGUCUGAAUAAGGAAACAUUUUCUACUGAAUAUAUCAAUGGGGACCUUGGUCAUCUGUGUCCACCAUUUUGGAGUUUUGAGGGUAUGUAGAAAUUGUUAAGUCUGUGACUUGCUGACAGACUCAUUCAAGAGGAUUCAGCAGCAGCAAAACAUCACGACUUGACAACAAAUGCAGUUGCCUUUUGACUUUAAUUCUAGAUAUUCAAUUACCUGAAUGACUAAGAGUCUUUAUGAAAAAAAUGUUUAGGGUGUUUUAUUUGCGCGGCUUCUAUCUACUCACAUUGACGAGUGCCAAUUCUAAAUUCUUAGUACUGAGGAACUUAAUCAUCCUCUGCUUUCUUUCCCUCUAACUUAAGCCAACUCAAAGCCGACUCAUCGAAAACAAAGAACUAACAAAGGCAAAAGAUUUAAAUCCUGUCAGUCACAAAUACAAACUGCUGCUGCUGAAGCCGGAAGGUGGAAAGAACGUAAGCCAAGGUUCCUCCCUCCUCUUUAUUGGUUUCCCGUCAAUCAGGUCGGACCAGAUACACCCGAGUCAUUUGCACAUAAUUUUCGGUAUUGUCAAAUUUCAAUGAGUCUAGCUGGUUGAGCCAUAUCAAUGGACACAAAUAUGGAAACUGUUUAUUUUAAGUGUUUAAAUUUUUGUUAUUACAGUGCGAGGGCAGUUUGGGGUGAGAUGCGCAUGAAUCUAGACAAGUGCUUUUGUUUCCUUCCACUUUAUCCCAAAGAACAGCCCACAAACUUCCACUAAAAGCUGUAGUGUUGUGAUCUUUAUUUUGUGUUUAUUUUAUUGCUCAAACGUUUUCACAUUUUGGAAGUGUUGUAAGAAGAUACAGUAUAGGAUUUUUGAUUUCAGAUUUCAAUAAGUCAAAAUGUAAAAAAAAAAAAGAAAUUGGACAAUUUAGUUUUUCAUUCAGUAAUUUAGCAACUCUUAAUUAAAAUGCCUGAUUUAUUUUCCUGGUUAUUUUUCAUAAACAUUACUUUAUUUAAUCAAAACUGAAAGGCUUUUUGGACUGAGCUUUCCUGUAUGUUUGUGCCUAAUCCAAGAAGGGUUCAGUUAUGGAUAAUUUAUGUAAAUGUAGUUUUUGUAAAAUAUGUUAAUACAAAAGACUCAAUAAACAGAGCUUCUACAGCUUUUUAACAAACUAUA